AUGACCGUCACAAAUGACCUGAUCCAUCGCGGAUCAUCUAACAUGGCGCUCGAAGACAGAUUCGAGGUCCUCAAGGAGAUUGGCGAUGGCAGCUUUGGCAGUGUCGUGCUGGCUCGCACGAGAACUGCUGGUGCCAGUGUCGCUCGUCGUGGCACAGUGAUCGCCAUCAAAACAAUGAAGAAGACAUACGAGUCAUUCGGCCCGUGUCUGGAGCUUCGCGAGGUUGUGUUUCUUAGGACUCUUCCACCGCACAGCCACUUGGUCCCUGCUUUGGACAUCUUCCUCGAUCCAUUCAGCAAGAAGCUCCACAUUGCCAUGGAGUACAUGGAAGGCAACCUUUACCAGCUCAUGAAGGCCCGCGACCACAAAUGCCUUGAUAACAGCAGCGUCAAGAGCAUUCUCUUCCAGAUCAUGCAAGGUCUCGAGCACAUCCACGCUCACCACUUCUUUCACCGCGACAUCAAGCCAGAGAACAUUCUUGUCACCACCUCUGGGCACAUGGAUUCUGCCAAUUCUUUCCGGCGGUACUCAGCACUAAUGACACCACCGUCCACGCCGCCCACGUACACAGUCAAGAUUGCCGAUUUCGGCCUCGCUCGCGAAACCCACUCGAAGUUGCCUUACACUACCUACGUUUCGACAAGAUGGUAUCGUGCCCCCGAAGUGCUGCUCAGAGCGGGCGAGUACUCAGCCCCUGUGGAUAUCUGGGCCGUCGGUGCCAUGGCUGUCGAGAUUGCGACACUGAAGCCUCUUUUCCCUGGCGGCAACGAGGUCGACCAGGUUUGGCGUGUAUGUGAGAUCAUGGGCAGCCCCGGCACUUGGUACAAUAAGCAAGGUGGUCGUGUAGGAGGCGGCGACUGGAAGGAAGGAACCCGUCUCGCUGGCAAAUUGGGCUUCUCAUUUCCCAAGAUGGCUCCUCAUGCCAUGGACACUAUCCUUCAGGCUCCCCAGUGGCCUGCGUCUCUGAGCCACUUCGUGACUUGGUGUUUGAUGUGGGACCCUAAGAGCCGUCCGACAUCGACGCAGGCUAUGGCACACGAAUACUUUAGCGACGCCGUGGAUCCUAUGCGUCCACGCUCCUCCGCAUCACGGAUUCUUGGCCGCAAGCAGUCCGAUCUCGGCCGCAAAGAGAGCACGACCACACCGCCGACCUCUGGUAAGCCAUCAUGGUUCAGAAAGUCUCUCAUCGGUCGUUCGGAGACGACAGAAAUCACGUCCGCGCCCGCCGCCGUCAAGGAGUCGCCAACAGCUGCCCGUCCCGCUCCUCUUGCGCACGCAAACAGCGUACAAGAGGUGUCGAAUUCCAAGGUUCGCCCGGCGCCCAGCAAGCGCAGCACCUGGAACAACGGCCCAUCAAAUGGUGCCCCAAUCCACAUCUUGCCAACAAUCCGGCCAAUCUCUCCUCUAUCGGAUGCGGUCACUGCACAGGGUUCGAACAACAGAACCCAAGCUGCUAUGGAUGCUGCUAUCCAGGCUGCCGAGGAGAAGUCCAAGAAGAUUGGCAGACAGCUCUCGGUCAACUCGAGCAACAACAACUACGCUGACAUUCACCGGCAGCAAGCAGAGCGCGCGCUCAACGGCCAGACUGGCCUUGUGUCACCACCUAGUGCCCACAAGGAGAGUUUUUUCUCGCACCUUCGCAAGCGUGCGCGCCGUUUCUCCGGAAGACACCAAACACCCGUGUCUCCCAAAUACGACGACUUUGAGCCGCAGGCGGGCUGCGGACCAUGGGCCAGCAACCGGUCCUCCAUGGUUGUCGACUCGCACGGCUCAACUACCAAGGUGGACAACUACGAUUCGCUUGACAAGGCCGUCCAGGGCGCCGAGCAGGCGCCCGCACCGCCGGCUCACUUGGUCACGCCAACCAGCAAUCUCAAGCGCCACCACUCACUGCCUCAGCAUCAGCCUCGCUCAGUCGACAACCUGAUUGGGGCAGCUCGCACAGCUGGACCCGUCUCGAGCCGAACGAGGCGCGCCCAAGGCGGCCACGGCGUUCCGGGUGAUGCUUUGGACGAGGAGGACGAGCUCCUCGACGAAGUCCUGAACUCCACUCACCGCGCCAUGAAGAAGCUGGACAACGCCCGCCCUCUCAGGCAAUCGCAGAGCAACGUGGUUCUGUCCAACCCCUACCCAACACCUUCGCCAUCUGCCAGUAACAAUGUCAUGCUUUUCGGCGAUGGCAAGGAGGCUGUCACACCCAAGCCUCUGAAUCUUCACAAGAAGCAAUCUGUGGAGAACAAGUGGCCUACACCUCCCUAUGAGGAGAGCGAGUGGGCUGCGUCUGCCUCUGCGAGCAUCUGGGCUGCAGGCAACCGCUUCUGA